GCAACCAGGGGGCUCAUGGUGGCACAUCUUCCCCCAUGGAGUUUUACAGGAGUGGUGGGCCUGCCCCCAUGGGAGAAGCAAUACAGCCUGGCAGGGGGCCAAGCCUCCCUCAGAGGCCCAAGGGUUGUUAGCAAAACCAGAACAAGUUUUUUAGAACAUCACAUUCCCAAAAGGAGCUGUAAGACUUAGGAGUGUGUGUGAUCACAGGGGUCAUGGUAUAAUAAAAGGGCACUCAAUCAAGAUCAAGAGAAAUCUGGGGGAAGCAGGAAACCAAAAAGUUAUUGAGACCACACAGGGGCAGAAAAGAUAGAGGGAAGAGAAUUUAUCAGAAUUUUUUCCUAGACCUGUCUUAGAAAUAACAGCAUAUUUUAAUCAGAGAUUUUGCCUGGGCCACGGGCCACCAUGGAUGUGCACCAAGAUGCUCCUGGGGGUCAGGAGAGCGCAAACGACAGCAACAAGGGAAGCAGAAGCACAGGAGACCAGCAAGAUGUUGCUAUGAGGACAGAUUCAUCAACAAUGACUGAUGUGGAGUCUGGGGUCGUCAAUUUUGCAUCUUCAGCGAGGGCAGGCCGCCGGAAUGCCGUACCAGACAUCCAGAGUUCAGCUACUACUGGUGGGACCUCAGAUUUGCCCCUCAAACUGGAGGCCCUCUCCAUGAAGGAAGAUGUGAAAAAGAAAGAUGAAGAAACAACACAAAACCAAUUGGAAAAGCCCCCAAAUGAAGAAAAAUGAAGGCUUGUGACCCAACAAGAGUGCUGAAUUUAUGCACAGUGAAAGACUUACUGGCUCUCUUUUCCUGAGAUGUUUGAUCUGGUGGUAACUAUGGUAACAUUGCAGCCCUAAGCAACAUGUGUGUGUUAGAUAACUUUGUCGUGAUGCUACUCACUUGGAUUAAGAUCAUGAUGUCCAAUACAUGCAUUAAAAGGCAAGUAACUUCCAAAUUGCACCCAAGAAAAAGGUUAAGAAUGUACGAUCACUUAAAUAUGUAUCAUUGUCUAUAAACCCAACAAAACCUA